UGAAAAAAACACAGAUGAGAACUCAGAAGCUAUAGUUAAAAAAAAAAAAAGAAAUGGAUUUCUCGGAGAAGGACCUGUUCGGCGAAGAUUCCGACAACGAACAAGAUGGGACCCGCUCAACGUCGCCGUCGUCGUCCUCCUCUUCUUCCGCUUCAUCCUCAUCCUCGUCCUCUGCCUCUACCUCCAACGGCACUGAAGGUGAAGGCGGCGGCGGCGCCAACUCGACCUCCUCCGGCAGCGGAACGGCAAGCAGCGGCGCCGCCGCUGGAGAUGACGAUGACGAAAACGGCGAUGAGGUGGAGCAAAGUAACAAGGCUUCUUACGCUAAUUAUAACGAUCAUGAUGAUGAGUAUGAAGAUAAAGAUCUGUUUGGCUCUGACAAUGAAGAUUAUUGUAAAACCCUUGUCAAAAGCCCUUACCCUAUUCCCGUGUUGCCUGCCAUUCGCAACACGAACAAUCAGGGUAGAGGGGGUUUUGGUGGCCGCGGUCGUGGUCGCUGGCAGCCUGGGCAUCAGAAUGAUAGAGGCGCCGGCCUUCUUCCUCGUCCUGGACCAUAUCCCCAGAGGCAAAAUUUUGGGUAUGGAAACAGGUUUUCCAAUGGUCGCCACGAUGAACGGUUUGUCUCUGAAAUGAAGCUGUCUAAGAGCGAAGAAACUCUGUCAAGAAAGUGUAUUGCUUUUCAGGAGCCUUGUGAAAUUGCCUGUUAUAGUCGUGUAGAAGGUGGACAAGUAUUUUUCGAUGAUCGUAGCGUGAGGCUUUUUAAGCGUCUUAUCUCUGAAGAUGUUGGGGCUGAUUUGAAUGAAGGUUAUGAUACAUUCAUUCCCAAACAAGACUUAGGGUCAGAAGGCUUUGGUGACCUUCUUGCUUGCAUUAGAGACAAAGGUAUCCAACUUCAAAACAACAUUCAUUUUGUGACGUUCCGCAACAAUCUUAACAAGAUUAUGGCUACAGCAUAUAUCCGACAUGAGCCUUGGGAAAUGGGGGUGCACAAAAGGAAUGGUGUUGUCUAUCUUGAUGUACAUAAACUACCAGAAAGACCGCAAAGUGAUUUAGAUCGCAGGAGAUGUUAUUGGGGAUAUUGUUUUGAGAGCCUUGCCACUGAAGAUCCUACUAGAGAUGAUGGAGAGGGGAUACAUCAUGUCAAUGCCAAUGUUGAAUUUUGUACUGUGAUUAAGACAAAAUUAGGGGCCCACCGGAUCUUGAUGGGUGCUGAGAUGGAUUGCUGUGAUUCGACUGAUGAGGGAAAGAAUUUUUAUGUGGAGCUUAAGACAAGUCGCGAGUUGGAAUAUCAUACUGAGGAAAAAUAUGAGAGAGAGAAAUUGUUAAAAUUUUGGAUUCAAUCAUUCCUGGCAGGUGUUCCGUAUAUUGUCAUAGGAUUUAGGGAUGAUUCUGGUCGUCUUGUUCGGACAGAAAGACUUAGAACCAAAGAUAUUACACAGAGAGUAAAAAUGAAGAACUACUGGCAGGGGGGAGUCUGCUUGGCUUUUGCUGAUGAGGUAUUAUGCUGGCUGUAUGGAACCGUUAAAGAAAAUGCAGAUUAUAUAUUGCAGUUUGCUCCACCCUUCAACCGUUUGGAGCUUUUGCAGGCUCAGUCUUGUCCAGAUGCAAUUACUAGUCAUCUGGAUUUGUUGUGAACAAUUUGAGACCUUACAGUCAUCAUCAUAUACACAAUUCAUUAUACAGAAGAAAAGGGGAACCUCAACUUUGGAAUUUCCCCCAGUUCAUGAACCUUUUGGGUUAGGGGUAUACUAUGUGAAUGCUGAGAAUUGCAUUCCAUCUUUAGAUAGCAAUUCGAGAAAAGACAUUAUGCUGGCCUUGACUCACUGGGAAAAUAGUUUCAGAUUUCAUUAUUUCCAACUUGUUACUCCAUAUUUUCAAUAACUUUCUUUCUUUCGAAAACUUUAAAAAUCUUUUAACUUGUUGGAAACAGAAAGAAUUGACUUACAAUAAUUAGGAUAUUGGGAAAGCAUUUUCUUAUGCACUUUAUAUUAAGAACACUACUUGAAUGGGGAAAACGUUGUUUUGAAGGAGGUAAUAGAAUCAAAUUUGUCGA